AUGACUCAGCACAUUCAACAAGCCAGUGGAUUAUCGAAUAAUAAAGAUCCGACGGUGAUAUUUGAAGACAAUGCAGCAUGUGUCGCUCAAACCAAAGAAGGAUACAUUAAGAGUGACAGAACUAAACAUAUCCCACCGAAGUUCUUCUCGUAUACUGAAGAGCUUGAAAGGAACAAACAGAUUAAGAUUCAAUACAUCCGAUCAAGAGGCGAACUGGUUUUAGAUAAGAGAAGUCAAAAACAAGGAAGCAGCAAGAGAGGAAGCCAAAGCACGCAGCAAACAAUGGAGGGGUUGCUGCACCCUAUUAGACUGAAGCAUCUUCUCCACCUCACCGAUUUCUGCAGACCCGCCAAAACCAAUUUUCGCUUUGCAAAAUCGCGACCCUUUUGCACCGUCCGCUGCUCUUCUUCCGCCGCCGCGGUUGUCCCUGGUGGCCGAAAUCGCAGACCCUCCUCUUCUCCAACUUCAACGUCCGACAGAGAGGCUAUUCGCUCCAUUCGGAUUAAAAAGGUGCAAGAUCUGAGGAGCAAGGGUUUAGAUCCCUAUGCUUACAAGUGGGAACGUACUCAUACAGCAAAUCAGCUUCAAGAAAUUUACAGGGAUUUAGAAAAUGGUGACGAGUCCACUGGCGAGAGUGACAAUGUAUCUAUUGCUGGAAGAAUUGUGGCUCGAAGGGCAUUUGGGAAGCUUGCUUUUCUAACUUUGAGGGAUGAUUCAGGGACGAUACAGGUUCUUCUCAGUGUUGAUUUUGUCUUCUACUCAUACAUCGUAGCUUCAGUUUUAUUCAUGAUACUGCGUAAUCUUGAGAAAAUGAGUGUGCAUUUGAUAGAGAAACAAAGUUUUAAGCAAUACCUUCCUGUUACGCUGUUGGGUUCUUCUCAACUUCUCAUGCUUUAUUGUGAGAAGGAAAGGCUGCUAAGUGAUCAGUUCGAACUUUUGAAGGCACUGGUUGAUAUAGGUGAUAUUUUGGGGGCAAGGGGCUCAAUUAAGCGCACUGAAAAAGGGGAGUUAUCUGUUUGCGUGACUUCAUUCUCAAUCCUAACAAAGUCUCUACUCCCUUUGCCCGAUAAAUAUCAUGGCCUGACAGAUGUAGAUAAACGCUAUCGUCAAAGGUAUGUAGAUAUGAUUGCGAAUCCUGAGGUGGCUGAUGUAUUUAGGAAAAGAGCUAAGAUUAUAUCAGAAAUACGGAAGACGGUAGAAUCUGCUGGUUUUAUUGAAGUUGAAACUCCAGUUCUUCAGGGUGCAGCUGGUGGGGCCGAAGCUAGGCCAUUCAUUACAUACCAUAACUCCCUUGGGCAAGAUCUUUAUCUGCGAAUUGCAACUGAGCUCCAUUUGAAGAGAAUGCUGGUUGGUGGAUUUGAAAGAGUGUAUGAGAUAGGCAGAAUAUUCAGAAAUGAAGGCCUUUCAACUCGCCAUAAUCCCGAGUUCACCACAAUCGAGAUGUAUGAAGCAUAUUCGGACUAUGAAAGCAUGAUGAACAUGGCAGAAGACAUAAUCACACGUUGUGCUCUUGCCGUUAAUGGGAAACUCGCCCUUGAUUAUCAGGGGAAAGAGAUAAGCUUAGAGAGGCCAUGGAGGCGUGAGACAAUGCAUAAUCUAGUGCAAGAAGCAACAAGGAUUGAUUUCAAUGAAUUUGGUAAUGAUCUUAACACUGCUAAACGAGUCGUUUUGGAAACCCUGGACAUUUGUCGUGAUAAUCAAAUCAAGAGCUCGAUCGAAGCUUGCUCAUCUGUCGGCCACAUGCUUAAUGAGGUUUUUGAGUUGGUGGUGGAACCACUGUUAGUGCAACCCACUUUUGUUUUAGACUACCCGCUUGAAGUAUCCCCGCUAGCCAAACCACAUAGAAGAUAUGCAGGAUUGACUGAGAGAUUCGAGCUGUUUGUAUGUGGUCGUGAGAUGGCAAAUGCUUUCUCUGAACUGACUGAUCCUUUGGACCAGAGGGAACGGCUGGAGGAGCAGGUGAGGCAACACGAAAAGAAGAAGUCCGCUUUAGUUUCGGAUAAAAAAGAAGAUAAAAGCAAGAAAGUGAAUGAUGAUGAGGCAUAUGAUGUUACUCUUGACGAAGACUUUGUAACAGCUCUGGAAUAUGGGAUGCCCCCGGCUUCUGGUUUGGGCCUUGGCAUUGACAGGCUUGUGAUGCUGCUCACCAACUCUGCAAGCAUACGUGAUGUGAUUGCAUUUCCAGUCCUCAAGACUACUCCUCAACACUGAUAUCUAUUAUUAUGAUACCAGUCAUUUUUUGAAUUUUUGCUUCACUUGUCUCUUAUGGAGUGAUGUGAUGACUUAUUUGAUUAUGUGUAUUGGUUGCAAUGCGGGCAGAAAAUUGUCUGGUUGCUUUAAUUGAUUCAGCCUACUAAUCCGUUUGUUAUCGUUUGUGCUGAAUUCAUCUAAUACAUUUGAAGCUAAUGCUAAUACUCGUUGCUAAAAUAUUGAAAAUAACUGUCUA